CUGUAGCGAAGGCACACUGAAAGACAAGCAUCACUCGUCUGCAAGCGGGUUUACAAGCAAUUAAGAUCACAGCAUUUUCUAAAUUAAAAGGAAAUUAACUUGUAGAUAAUUCAGAAUAAUUUCUGCUAUUUUUAAACUACAAGCAGAAAUACUUGGAACAUUUUACAUCAAACCUAUUUUCUUUGGCGAUCUGGUACAAAUUGCGUUUUUUUUUUUGGUGUUUUUUUUGUGGUUUAGGUUCUGAAACAGCCCAGUGUUUGCAAAAGACAAAAAAAAAAAAAACCUGAGGAAAUAGCAAUUUUAUGCAACAUAGUGUUCCCUGCGACGUCUUGUCCAGACCAUGUUUAAAAACACGUUUCAGAGCGGCUUUCUUUCCAUUCUGUACAGCAUCGGCAGCAAACCCCUUCAGAUUUGGGACAAGAAGGUCCGAAAUGGCCACAUCAAAAGAAUCACAGACAACGACAUCCAGUCCCUGGUGCUGGAGAUCGAGGGUACCAAUGUAAGUACUACAUACAUCACUUGCCCUGCAGAUCCAAAGAAAACCCUGGGUAUAAAACUUCCAUUCCUGGUGAUGAUCGUAAAGAACUUAAAGAAGUACUUCACUUUCGAGGUGCAGGUCCUGGAUGACAAGAAUGUGCGCCGGCGCUUCCGUGCCAGUAACUACCAGAGCACCACGCGGGUCAAGCCCUUUAUCUGCACCAUGCCCAUGAGGCUUGAUGACGGCUGGAACCAGAUCCAGUUCAACCUGUCUGACUUCACCAGGCGUGCAUACGGAACCAACUACAUUGAGACACUACGUGUACAGAUUCAUGCAAACUGUCGGAUCAGAAGGGUUUAUUUCUCAGACAGACUGUACUCUGAGGAUGAGCUCCCUGCAGAGUUCAAACUCUACCUCCCAGUGCAGAACAAGGUGAAGCAAUAAAUAUCAGCAUGUAUCUCUUGACCAGCAAAGACCUUAAGAAUGAAGAACGAAAAGCCAGGACUAAAAAAGAGGACUAUUGGGUUUAU